UUUAUAAAUUUUUUUCAAAAAUGAACUUUCAAAAAUGUUCAAAUGAUUUUCAAUCAUUAGUUUAUCGUAUACGAAAUAAUCCGGCUGCAGUUCAUCCAGAAUUUUCUUCGUUUUCAUCAAGAUUUAAAACAUUCAAAUUAUUCCCAAAAAAUACUUUUCAAAAUAAAUAUACAUUGUCUGAAUGUGGCUUAAAAUAUUCAGGAGUGGAUGAUGUUGUAGAAUGCUUUUGUUGCGGACUUAUUCUUCAUAACUGGGAAAGGCUGGACGAUCCAUGGAUUGAACAUUGCAGAUUCAGCCCAAGGUGUUUAUAUGUGUUAUUAAUGAAAGAUUUCUGCAGACUAAAACAACUUCAACAUUGUGUCGACCUUUAUAUCGCAGAAAAACAGAAACGUCUACCGAGUUUUCAAACAACAUUCGAUGCAGCUUACGAACUGAUUAAAAACGAUGUCCGUGGUUUGCCCAUCAGUUGCCAGAGAAACGAAUUCACAAACCAGUAUAUACAGAACUAUGAUUUUAGUUAUUAUUCUCAUCUACAAAACGAUGACACUUCAUUUUUGUAUGAGAUUUUACAAUUUCAUUUUAAUGUAAUGUCUGACAUGAUUUUACAUUACUUAAUAGUAUGA